AGUCCACAGAAUAUGCAGUCGGCCGCGGGUCAUCAAUUGACGGCUCACUAGCAAUCAGAAAUCCAGGAGUCGAACUCAGCUGCAGCUGCGUCCACUCCUGCCUCCCUACAUCAGCAACAACAACAGCAGCAACACCAACAUAACCAACACCAACAGCAACAACAACAGCAGCACGGCCCCAAUACACCCUCGUCGUCGGCUGGGUCCUCUGCCACCAUGACCACGAACGUUAUGUCACCUCAAAGUCCGCUGGGAUCAACAAACGCUAACAAUAAUAAUAACAACAACAAUAAUAACAAUAACAAUGAUAACGAGCAUUUAUCACAAGUUAAGCAACAACAGCAGCAACAAGCCUCCUCCAUAGCAGCCGCUGCAGCAGCUGCCAUGUACAUAGAUCCCAUGCGUUACCACAAUGCCGCCGCAGCUCACCAUCAUCACCACCAGCAUCCUCACUUAAAUCCCGCCCAUCAUCCGCAUCUGUUCCAUACCAGCGAUCAGGCCUUGCAACACUCCUCCACUCAGCACCAUCACCUGCAACAGCCCCAAGCUUCGCCGGGUGGCAAUAGUACGAGUGGUGUUCUGCAGGCUUCCUCAUCAGCGGCCUCACCUUCGUCUGUGUCCUCGGCACUAGGCGUGAGCGGAGCUAGCAGUAUGCAUCAUUUGAAUUUGAAUCCCCAUUCGUUGCAUCAGCACCAUCACCAGCAGCAGCAUCAUCAUCACCACCAACAGCAGCAACAGCAGUUACAUGCCCGUCGUCUCUUCGAGUGGAGUUUGCAGUUCGGUGCUGCCGCUGCUCCGGGAGCAGUAAGACAUUUUAAUACGUUUGGCGGUUCGGGUGAAUAGCAUUCGUCAGCUGCUGCAGCCGCAGCAGCCUCAGCCGCAUGGUUUGGUUAUGAAUCGUCUUAAGAAAAGGGACUUUCACAGGAAUAGAACAAAAAUAGAAUGAAUAAGGAAGAUAAAGAAGUCUUUUUGAAAAUUAGGCCGUGUUCCAAGAAAAAAAAAAGGUUGUCAUAAACUUUGAAACUUUUUGUUAAAAAGCGGAAAUAUUUUUUGACCCAAAGUAGGGAAAAAUUGUUGUAGUGACAUUUUUGUCUUUUAUGCCUUGAAUGUAAAUUUUCCAUUGCUAAAUACAGAAAUGUGUUUAGGAAAUUUUCGAAAUAUUCAGGGAAGAAAGGUUUUCAUUACUUUAGAUUUUAGCAUUCCACUUUUUUUCUAUUUGAAAGAAGACGUCAGUCAGAGCUGCUAUUAGCAGGAUCAAGGGACUAAGUACGAGCAAGACAGAAGCGAGCUAAACCAGUGCAUUAGUCUGUGUUAAAAAUAUAAAUUUCUUUAUUAAAAGAAAACAAUGGAAAGUGAAUUUUAUGGAAUUCUUAAAGAAACUCAAUUUUUUAUAAAUAAAACAAAAAAAGUUUUUAAAAAACUUUUAUAAAUUUAAUAAAGAAAAAAAGGCAAUUCAAAUCAAACGAGUUACAAAGUGAUGUUUUAUAAACAAUUAUAAAUUAAAUACUUUUUUUAAAUAUAAUUUUAUUUUAAUUUUUAUGUUUUUUUUUGGUUAAAUUAAAUUUUAAGCACAAAAACGAAAAAAAAAAAGAAAAAAAUUAAAUAAAAUUUACAAAAAGUUAAAAUAUUUAAGAAAAAAUAGAAAAAAGUGAUAAUGUUGGGGAAAAAAGCGUUAAAAAAUUAAGAGAUAACUUCACAACCUGCCGGCAACAAAAGCUCAAGGUAAAUUUUUGUUAAAGAUAUUUUUCUUUAAUUUUUUUGAAGCUAAACUAAACACUUUUUAACACUUUUUUCCUUUAAACAACAAACACAUUUUCUUUCGAAAUUUUUAACAAAAUAUAAUUUUAUUUAAUUUUUUUCUUUUUUCAAGAAAUCUUAAUGUAAAUCUUUAAAACCACUCGAAACAAAACCAAUCCUCUCCACUCCACUCCCCUUGUGUAAAUAGUUAAGUCAUUAGUCAGUAGGAAUUUUUAUCUUAAUAAUUUUUAAAUAUACUACAACAAAAAAUAAAAAAAAUAAUAUUUAAACACUUAAAAAAAAUAAAUAAAACAAUGAAUGAAGAAUGAUUGAAUGAAUGAAAAGACAACCAGAGAAAUCACUAAGAAUUCUUUAGUUAUUUUAGUCAAAAAAUAAAAGUUGUAGG